UCACCUUCCAAAGUCUUGGGCUGGUAUGGAAUUGAAGGUACAACCUCAGGAGCCCCUGGUACUCCGAGGCACAGAAAACACUGAGUGGCGCCUUGUCCAGGGAGAUACCGAUGUGAAGGUGGAGAAAAAGGAUCCGGAUCAGCUAGAGCUCUCACAGCUAAAAGAGGGGACUUACGUCUUUCAGUUGACUGUGAAGGAGCCUGUGAAGGAGACUGACAAGAAGCAGAAUACUGCCAACUUCAGUAUCGUUGUCCUGUCACCUAAGCAGACAGAAGAACACUGCCUGGCACCCAAGAAGGUGGGCCGUUGCCGAGGCUCUUUCCCCCGAUGGUACUAUGACCCCACUGAGCAGCUCUGCCAAAGUUUCGUCUAUGGUGGUUGCCUUGGCAACAAGAAUAACUACCUUCGGGAAGAGGAGUGCAAGAUGGCCUGCAAGUAUGUACAAGGUCCUUCAAUGCAAAGGCAACAUCCAGUGUGCUCUGGGGCCUGCCAGCCUUUCCAGUUCCGCUGUCGUGAUGGCUGCUGCAUUGAUGGCUUCAUGGAGUGUGAUGAACUUCCUGACUGCCAGGAUGGCUCAGAUGAGUCUACCUGUGAAAAGUAUAUCACAGGCUUUGAUGAGCUCCAAAGCAUCCACUUUCCUAGUGACAAAGGACACUGUGUAGAUUUACCAGAGACAGGGCAGUGCCAAGAAAGUAUCCCUCGAUGGUACUAUGACCCCUUCAGUGAGCGUUGUGAUCUCUUCACCUACGGAGGUUGUGAUGGCAACAAAAAUAACUUCCCGGAUCAGGAAGAGUGCCUCAAGUCCUGUGAAGGCAUCUCCAAGAAAGAUGUGUUUGGCCUGCGGCGAGAAUCCCUGAAUCCUAACACAGGUUCCUUGUCAGGUUCUGUGGAGGUGGCUGUGGCUGUGCUCCUGGGGACCUGUAUCGUGAUUGUGGUCGCCAUCCUAGGCUAUUGCCUCUUCAAAAACUAUUUGAACAGAAGACUCCGACGUCAUCACCCCCUGCAUCACCACCACCCUCCCCCUACACCAGCCAGCUCCACAAUCUCCACCACUGAGGACACGGAGCACUUGGUCUACAACCACACCACCAGACCCCUCUGAGCCAGGGGCUUCCCUGGGUAAUGUGGGCCACGAGUUCUGGCCAGCUCUAACUUAACCUUGCCCCGCCUCCUUAGUUUCUGUUCCCAUUAAGAGUGGAGAG